GCUAAAAAAAAAACAAAGGUGUUAUUGAUGUUUCCUGUCCUAAAUGCUGAUAUUUGAUAUUUAUUUAUCAACAUUAGUUCGAGUGGUUUUUGUAUCAUAAAAUAUAAUAAUGAGUUCAGGAUUUAUCUCAGAGUCUGAAAUAUUGGAAUCCAGACGUCGUCGGCAAGAGGAAUGGGAUAAAGUACGUACAGAAGACCAACCAAGAGAGGCACCCGAAGAAGAGUAUGAUUCAAGGCCACUGUUUCAACGGCUUGAAGAACAAAGAAUGAAGAAAGAUGCUGAAUAUGAGGAAGCACAUAAACUUAAAAACAUGAUCCGUGGUUUGGAUGAUGACGAGGUGGGCUUCCUGGAUCUUGUUGAGAGAACAAAAGCGAAAGCAGCUCAGCAAAUUUCCAUUGAAGAACAGAAGGAAAUGCAAGAAUUCAGAGAGCGAGUGUCUAAUCUAGCUGAGAGUGAAGAAAUGACUCGUCUCCGAGCUCAAUUGGCUCUGGGUAAAACUCAAACCACAAACACAACACCGACACAGAAAAAUAAACUGCAAGGGUUGAUUGUCAGAAAGCGUAAGGCGAGCGAAAUAGAAGAGGAAAAUCAGAAAGACGCGCCGCCCGCCAAGACCAACGGAGUGGUUUCGAACAAUGUUGCAACAAGUAAAAUUCAAGCGGAUUCCGGGAUAGUCGUGGGCGCGUUGAGUGUGGCCGGAGUGUUGCCAGGGUUGGGACACUACCGCUCUGAUUCAUCUACCGAUACAACCGAUUCUAGUGACGACGAGAGCGAUAAAUGUUGCAAGAGGGACUUGUUGGGACGGCGGCCGGAGCACGCGGAGGGCAAGUCCCGCAAAGACGAAUCCAAAAGUUAGGGUUGUCUAUGAAAUACGACGAUUUCUUUAAAAAAAAACAAUGAUUCCGCAAACUUAUCCUGUUUACGCGUACUUUCGAACGAUGUGAUUUUAGUAUGUAAGUUAUUGAAAUAAAUGAAAGGUUUUAUUGA